AUGCGGGACAUGCUUGAAAGGUUGCGUAAUGUUAGCGAAGACUUGGAGGAUGACGACAACUUGGAUUAUGACAAGAGCAAGCUGCCGACAGCUCAAGAGAUCGUCUUCGAAAACUCUUUGGACAUCGAGAGCAUCCUGAAGGAAGCAGAGUCUAUCCGCAAGGAUAUUUCCUUGCUCCUUUUAGAGAUCCAGCGCCUGAAGAAGAACGACGAGCGCUUUCGCACCACCGUCCGCCACCUCGCGACGGUCAAGCGGGACUCGGACGAAAUCGCCAGAGGGAUCCAGAAGCAAGGGCAACUUCUGCAUACUCGCAUUUUAGCGCUCGGUGCGCAGAGCAAGAUGAUGGAGAGAAAGGAGGGGCCUAACUCAGCUUCAAGUCGAAUUGCUUGCAUGCAGUUUGAUUCACUCAUCCUCGCCUUCCAAACCGCUAUGGGAAGCUACAACCAGACAGAGGAAAUGCAGCGGUCUCUUUGUCGGGAGCGAAUUCAGCGGCAGGCCUCCAUAUUAGGGACUAAAAUCACAGACGAAAAACUGGAUGAAAUCAUAGACAAAGGGUGUGAAGGUUGGAAUGAGUUAUCCCAGAGCCUGCCCACCACGCAUGAGGGCCAUUCCUCCCGUUGGGCAAUGACCGAAAUUAAAGACCGACACAAUGAGCUAGUGGCACUGGAGGCCCGGCUCAGGGAAGUCCACGAACUGUUCCAGGAUGUGGCCGCGCUGACGGAAGAGCAGUGCUCCAUGAUAAAUAACAUUGAAGCCAACGUGGCUAAAACUCAGAACUAUACUCAAAAGGCCAAUGUGGAGAUCACCAAGGCUUGGCACCACAGCCAAGGUUUCGCCGCCCUCAAAAGUUUCACCGCACUCAAAAGCCCCGCCGUGCUCAAAGCUCCACCGCUCUCAAAACUUCGUCGCUCUCAAAGCUGCGGCGCAUUCAAUCCGGUGUUCUGA